AGCGGAUUUAGUGUCGCUGCGCGUUCACGAGCGCGCGGCCGGAGCGAGGCUCUUUUCUUUUGCUCCUCGUGCUUUGAUAGUUGGUCUCGUGCUGCCCUCAUCGGUCCGCCAGACCGAACACUGCGCGUGCUUACAGGGGCAGUAUUACGCCCAGACGGCCAAAAAUCCCAGAAGAAGAAGAAAAUUCGUUUACUUUUAUCUACUACCCAAGAAGAAGAAGACUUUCAUCUGUCAGAUGCAGAGUUCUUGUCGACAGCGGGAGAGAAACAGGGAACAGUGAAAUAAUCGGUCCGCUUUCAUGAUGAAAUGCAGUCAACUACGAUGGACCCAGCGGAAGAGUCCCCAUCGAUGUUAUGGGGACUGGACCCGGUCUUUUCUGCCUUCGCUCGGCUGUAUGUGUCAGACAUCCUGGAGAUGACAGAGUCCACGCAGGUACCAGGUAUUUACUUCUACAACUCACAUCCAAUCUACAAAGUUGAUGUAAUGGGGACAGUGGUUUACAAGAGGGAGAGAGAUGACUUCUUCGUUUAUGGAGUGGAUGACAGUACAGGUGUUAUAAACUGCCUCUGCUGGAAAAGUGACCUAUUGAAAAAGGAGGAGGAUCCCAGUAAAUCAGCAGGAAAGCACAGUAAUGGCGCUCAGGGAGGCUUCAACCUAGAAGCUGAGCUGAUAAAGCUGAGACAAAUCCAGCAGAACCACUGCCACCUGGAGCUUGGCGAGCUGCUCCGGGUCAGAGGUUCGGUGAAGACGUCAAGGCAACAGAGAGAGAUCAUGGCCUCCACCUACUAUAAAGUGAACGACCCGGUGAUGGCGGCUCAGAUAGCGUGGAUGAUGGAGGUUCCUCAGCUCUACAGACAGUGCUAUGAUAAAGUGCUGCAGCCCACCACAGAGAGUGACUCACCCGUCAGUUCCCUCAAGAAGGCAACGGAUAUCCUGCAGGAUUUCUUUCAGCAGAAUUCGGUGACAAAGUUCAGACCCUAUGAUGUCCAAGACCUCCUGCUGCCUCUGAUCUCCAGGCAGCCUCAGACAGACUCAGAUGAGGGGGCUGUCGCGGGUCCGUCCGGUGUCCAACAGCUACGGCAGCUUCUCAAGGAGGCCCUGAAGGUCUUAGAGGAGCAGGGUAUUGUAUACCACAAGGUCAAAUCCCAGGACGAAGUCUACCGUGUGACUCCACAGGACAAAGAUCUCUUCAUGGCCGUCAAAGACAUCAUCAGGGAGGACUCCAAAAGGGAGAAGUAUGCAGAGAAGGGUUGCCACGUGCUGCAUAUCCUGUCUGCAGUCAGGCAGCGGUACAGCCUCAAUGUGAGCAAAGCAGCCCUGGAGCUGGUCCUCAAGUCACUGGAGUGCAAUAGCGACAUCGUCAGCACCAGCGACAACCAUUACACUGCAUUUUAACACACUCCCUGUUCCACUGAAUGAGCAUCCAGCGUGUUUACGGAAAUCAUGCCCUCAGCAGUCCUUUACAUCAAGUCUCACGCUGUCAUUUUUAAAAAAAAUAAAAUUUCUAUUGUAUGUAAGUGA